CUACCAGUACUGAAACUGGGUAGCCUAGAUGCAGCAUUGCAGCCUCAGGCAGCAGAGAAACGGGCAGAGAAAGCCGAGCAUAUUGGAGAAGCAGGGUGGGUACCGUAGCACGUCUCUUUGUUAGCAGUGCCCGUCCAACAGCCGCAAGAUUGAUGCUUCUUCAAAGUUUCUUUGAGCUGUCUUCUACCAUUCUUCGUAGUGAAGGGCAACUUUAGACGAGCUGCGGUCAGCAGCAAUUUUGUAGGCUUUGUUUUCCACAGUUCCACACUGGGUAAUUGCUUGUUCUCUGCAACAGUAAGGGAGCUCGUCCUGGAUUACGGACUUCCUCAAGAGCUUUGCUUACCGCUAUCCAGAAGCCGCUGCAUAUAAUCGCCUUAGAUCGCCAUCUUAUGCCAUUGUUUCGCAAGGCACGCCUGCAAUCGCUCCACCUUACUUGAUUGCGGACCAGGAGGUAAGUAAGUAUGGGCACUGAUGAUCAGCAGCGGGAAGGGGCGGCAGCUCAGGCCAUCCCGCUAUCGGCCGACCUGCUGACAGCAGCACGGUGCCAGGUGGCAAUGCUGUCUGCAGUGGACAAUGCGCCCGAGCUGCACACUCCUGCAGGAGCGCAACAGGCGGCAAGGAGGUACCGCCAUUGCUGGCUCCCCCUCCUGGCCAAGCAGGGGCCGGGCGCUCAGUUGCUGCCCCCCCUGGACGUGCACUGGGCCUGGCACUGCCAUAUGCUCAACCCAGUGAUGUACGCCCAGGACUGCGGGCGCCUCCUUGGGCGCACACUGGACCACCCCCUCAUCUCCGACGACACCCUCGCUUUCGGCACCGCUAUGUCGUUGUGGGCAUCGGAGUGCCCCAAUGAGCCGUGGGACCCUGUUCCGGGGAGCGCAGAGCCAGCGGAGGUGGGCAGCAUUGAGCUGAAGCUGGUGGCGGCCAUGGGGCGGCAAACGUCCUUCUUCUACCAGGUCAACCGCCCAGGCUUUUUGGACUUGCGCUAUUUGGAGGGCAGCCUGGCGCGGUACCGCAUGUUUCUGCACCUGAUGCGGCGCACGCGCGGCAGCGGGCUGUUCUGUGUGCCCACGUACGACGUGGAUCUGAUGUGGCAUGCCCAUCAGCUGUGCCCCCUCGCAUACGCGGAAGACUGUCAGAACGUCAUGGGCAAGCUAAUAGACCACGAUGACACCGACCAGGACCGCAGCACGGGCGCCAAGCUGGACACGUCCUUCCAGUCCACCGCCGACACCUGGCUUGCGCUCUACGGAGUCCCGUACGAGCGGGCCGGCACCUUGUACCUGGGCGAAGCCCCACCUCCCCUCCCAGUUCCCGCACCAUUCCCCAUCCCCCCCUUGGCAAAAGCAGCCCACGCUUCCCACCAUAACGGAGCCCUACAGGCCGCCCUUACCAACCGGUCAGUCUGCCAGGUUUGCGUCGUGGUUACGGAAGCCAAGAACCUGGAGCGCCACAAGGGGGUGAUCCACGUCAAGGCGCGCCCGCUGGCCAAGCUCUCCAAGCCCUGCAUGCAGACGUCGGGCGCACUGGCGGGGGCUGCAAGCGGGUGGCCUCGCGAGGCGGCGUCGUUCCAGGUGGAGAUGAGCACGGGGGGGCUCGUAUUCGAGGUGUGGGAUCGCCCCGCCGGAAUUCUUUCCGGGCUCAAAUCGGACAAGCUGCUGGCGGCGGCUCAGGUGACGUGGCCGGAGGUCUUGGAACAGCCGGGGUAUGUGCUCGAGAGAAUGUUGCUGCUCAGCCCGACGGGCAAGUUCAAGCACGGGGAGAAGCCCCCCUCGCUGCGAGUGGCGCUGUCGAUCACCCCCCCGGAGCAGGGUCCGUAUUUGCUGAGAACGUGGCCGCGGGCUACGCUGACUGACGAUAACGGAGAGCCCGUUGGCGCGGAGAGCACCGGGAGAUGGGUCACGCGCGCAGUCAAGGACCACACGGGGGCUGACGUGGCAGUGAUGCGCACACUAGCCAAGACGGGCCGAAAAGACAGGAAGACCCAAGAGUCCCCAGUUGCAGUCUCCCCCGGGCAGCGCCUCCACCAGCUGCACAACCUGGCCGCGUCGAACACGCCCGGUGUCGUCGUAGGGAAGGCCCAGGAGCUCCUCCCCCCCGGGACUUUGUACGGCACCCCCUACGGCGAGGCAGCCUCGUACGUUGCUGACAUCAGCCUGACGGAUGACUCGAGCGUGACGUACGAGCUGACGGUGCGGCUCAAGGCGUCCGGGGAGAGGGCCCUCACCGCAGCGCUCACACCGAAGGUCGCCACGUGGGCGCGCAAGCAGCCCCUGCAAAGCCCCCCGGUGGCUUUGAUCGAGGGCCGCCAGCUGGAGUACGCGGUGCCCGGGGCGUCCCCCGCCCAGGAGGCCGGCUUCUUCACCCUGGUGCGCUACACUGCGGAGCACCCCCGGGGGAAGGCCACCGCACUGCUCAACUGGACCCGGGGCAUCAUGGAGGUCCAGCCCACGGAGCGGAUUCCGCUGGUGGCCCUCCUGGGCACGUGCCUUGCCCAGGCCGCGCAGGACCUGACGCCGCCCGCCGCUCCGGACCGUCGCACAAAACUGCGCGUACUCAAGGCGCAGCGAGCAGCCGAAAAGGCGGCCAAGAAGAGGGGCGGCCGCCCGGUGGAUGAGUGGGGUUCGGUGGCGUACUCCAGGCCCCACGGAGGGACCACUACCCGGCAGACGUCGUCCUCGUCAAGCGGCGGCACCGAUAACUCCCUCCCGCUCUGGUACAUGACGCCGCUCCUCAUAGACACGUCGUCAGGGGGAGGCUGCGGCUCGGUGGAGCACCACCACAACCAUGGCGCGGGCGCGUGCAGCACCGCGGCGGGCCUCUGUGGCUCGGCGGGGGCGGGCUGUGCGGCGAGCGCAUGUGGGGCCAGCGGGUCGUGCGGGGCCUCUGCGGGAACUUGGCGGGGGGGGCAGUUCGUGUGGGGGGGGAAGCAGCUGCGGAGGAGGGGGGAGCAGCUGUGGGGGAGGGGGGAGCAGCUGUGGCGGAGGGGGGAGCAGCUGUGGCGGGGGGGGAAGCAGCUGCUCGGGAGGGAGUAG